AUGUUGAGGAGCAAUUACACCCUGCCAACUGAGUUCAUAUUAGUUGGAUUCACAGAUUGUCCACCUGUCAGAGUCACCCUAUUCUUUGUGUUUCUUGUAGUCUAUACAUUAACAGUGGUGGGGAAUUUGGGCUUAAUAAUCCUAGUUAAUAUAAACCCAAGCCUCCACACCCCCAUGUAUUAUUUUCUUGGCAACUUGUCUUUCUUAGAUGUUAGUUACUCUACAGCAAUAGCUCCUAAAACGAUGGUGAAUUUUUUAGCUUCUAGGAAAAGCAUCUCCUCCUAUGGCUGUGCACUACAAAUGUUUUUCUUUGCUUGCUUUGCGGAUGCUGAGUGCCUCAUCCUGGCAGCCAUGGCGUAUGAUCGCUAUGCAGCCAUCUGCAACCCGCUGCUGUACUCCACCCUGAUGUCUAGGAGAGUCUGUACUGGCUUGGUUGUAUUGGCCUAUUUCAGUGGAAGUCUGACAUCGCUGGUACAUGUCUCACUCACAUUCAGCCUGCCGUUUUGUGGGUCUAAUGUCAUCAAUCACUUUUUCUGUGAUAUCCCGCCCCUCUUGGCUUUAUCAUGUGCAGACACCCACAUCAAUGAGCUUCUACUCUUUGCUUUGUGUGGCUUCAUCCAGACAAGCACAUUUGUGAUAAUAUUUAUCUCUUACUGCUGCAUUCUCAUCACAGUUUUGGGCAUCAAGUCUUCAGGCAGCAGAAGCAAAACGUUUUCUACCUGUGCCUCCCAUCUCAUAGCGGUGACAUUAUUCUAUGGAACCCUUCUGUUUAUGUACUUACGUCCCGCCACCAGCUAUUCCCUGGACACUGACAAGGUGGUGGCAGUGUUCUACACUGUUGUCUUUCCCAUGUUCAAUCCAAUAAUCUACAGCUUUAGAAACAAGGAUGUGAAAAAUGCCCUCAGAAAACUAUUAGAGUGA